AUGAGUGACAUCUACGAGUCGGCGGCCCACUCCCUGGGUCUGUUCGACAGUCCGUGUCUGACCAAAGUGGAGCUGCGGCUCACCUGCAAGGCCAUCUCCGACCGCGACGCCCGGUCCAAGCCGGACCCGUGCAUCGUCCUCAAGAUGCAGUCGCACGGCCAGUGGAUCGAGGUGGACCGCACGGAGGUGAUGCGCAGCUGCGUAAACCCCUCCUACUCCAAGGUGUUCACCCUGGACUUUUACUUUGAAGAGGUGCAGCGUCUGCGCUUUGAGCUGUACGACAUCAACAGCAACUACAACGACGUGAAGGACGUUGACUUCCUGGGGGCGGUGGAGUGCACCCUGGGACAGAUCAUCUCUCAGAAGAAGCUGUCCAAAGCUCUGCUGAGGCCAGGAGGCAUCGUGGGAAAGACCAUCAUUACGAUCACAGCAGAGGAGCUGACUGGGAAUGACGACUACAUCGAGCUUUCUUUCAGUGCCAGGAAGCUGGAUGACAAGGACUUCUUCACCAAGUCCGAUCCAUUCCUGGAGAUCUAUCGCCUCAACGAGGACGCCACGCUGCAGCUGGUCUACAGAACAGAGACGGUGAUGAACAAUUUGAAUCCCGUGUGGAAAACCUUCAAAGUUUCCCUCAACUCCCUUUGCAACGGAGACCACGAGCGCAAGCUGCAGUGCACGGUGUGGGACUGGGACUCCAACGGUAAACACGACUACAUUGGAGAAUUUGAAGCCACCUUCAAGGAGAUGAGAAACGCCAUUGAUGGACGACAGGUGCAGUGGCCCUGCAUCAACUCCAAAUACAAAGUGAAGAAGAAGACCUACAAGAACUCUGGCAUCGUCAUCCUCAACCAGUGCAAGAUCAUCAAGAUGCACUCCUUCCUAGACUACAUCAUGGGCGGAUGCCAGAUUCAGUUUACCGUCGCCAUCGACUUCACGGCGUCCAACGGCGACCCCCGCAACAGCUGCUCACUGCACUACAUCCACCCGUACCGACCCAACGAGUACCUGAAGGCGCUGGUGGCGGUCGGCGAGAUCUGCCAGGAUUACGACAGCGACAAAAUGUUCCCGGCGUUCGGCUUUGGUGCUCGCAUCCCACCUGACUACCAGGUCUCACACGACUUUGCGGUGAAUUUCAACGAGGACAACCCUGAGUGUGCAGGUAUCCAGGGCGUGGUGGAAGCCUACCAGGCCUGCCUUCCCAAGCUGCAGCUGUACGGGCCCACCAACAUCGCUCCCAUCAUCCACAAGGUGGCGCACUCGGCCUCGCAGGAAGUGCACACCAAGGAGGCCAUGCAAUACUUCAUCCUGCUCAUCCUCACCGACGGCGUGAUCACGGACAUGGCGGACACCAGGGAGGCCAUCGUGCAGGCGUCACACCUGCCCAUGUCCGUCAUCAUGGUGGGCGUGGGCAACGCCGACUUCAGUGACAUGCAGAUGCUGGACGGGGAUGAUGGCAUCCUGCGCUCGCCCAGAGGAGAACCUGUCUUCAGAGACAUCGUGCAGUUUGUCCCUUUCCGCAACUUCAAGCAUGCGUCCCCGGCGGCACUAGCGAAGAGCGUGCUGGCGGAGGUGCCCCACCAGGUGGUGGACUACUACAACAGCAGGGGCAUCAAGCCCAAAGUGCCCAGCCAGUACCAUUCUUCCAGGCCCUUUGGACCCUGAGGGCCCCGCCUUCACCGUCACGGCCGCCGCUCUCCUGAAAAGCACAACUUUUUGGUCUUUUUUUUCACCACCAAGACUUUUUGUCACGUUUGUAUUAAAGGCACGGUCUUCCUGUCCACGUAGCGUCCACUUGGGGAGCAUGCCAUCCAACUGUUCGCUAGCGUUUUAGAGACUAAGCAGGUAGUUUAGUCCAGGGGUCCCCAACCACCGGCCCCGGUACAUUCAAUCACACCAGAUCAGGGGUGCCCGGACUUUAAUUUUUUAGAGCUCCCUUCAAUUUUAAAGGCCUACUGAAACCCACUACUACCGACCACACAGUCUGAUAGUUUAUAUAUCAAUGAUGAAAUAUUAACAUUGCAACACAUGCCGAUACGGCCUUUUUAGUUGACUAAAUUGCAAUUUUAAAUAUCCUCCAGCCGAGUGUGAAGCGACCGGAAUGAGAAUCAGCACCUCCAUGGUUCUCGCCCGGAAAAGGGUGGAAUGCCAUCUCCGGGUUGGGGAGGAGACUCUGCCCCAAGUGGAGGAGUUCAAGUACCUAGGAGUCUUGUUCACGAGUGGGGGAAGAGUGGAUCGUGAGAUCGACAGGCGGAUCGGUGCGGCGUCUUCAGUAAUGCGGACGUUGUAUCGAUCCGUUGUGGUGAAGAAGGAGCUGAGCCGGAAGGCAAAGCUCUCAAUUUACCGGUCGAUCUACGUUCCCAUCCUCACCUAUGGUCAUGAGCUUUGGGUCAUGACCGAAAGGAUAAGAUCACGGGUACA